AUGGCCACCGAGACCCAGCAAGCACCCGCAACGCCUGAGCUCACCAUCCUCUCCCGCGUCGGGUCCAUCCCGCUCAUCGCGGACUCGAUAAACUCGAUCAACUCGACCCUUCUCAACAACCCUUACACUCGUCCGACAUACACCACGGCCACAGAGAUCUCAAAGCGCGCCCUCAGCUACACCGAGCCUGUCCAGCAGCGCCUCGCACCCAUCCUCACCCGUGCUGAUGGACUCGCCAACAAGGGUUUCGACCUCGUUGAACAGCGUUUUCCUUAUCCUUUCCACACGCCUACGGAGGACAUCUUCAAGGACUUAAAGGGCCGCAGCGACGCUGCGAGGGACGUCGCCACGAAGACCAUCGAUGCCCGUGUCCGCACACCCGCAUACAAUAUAGCGCAGGGCAUCGACCAGAGCUUGGCCCCUUUUGUGGACUACUUUGCGGUCGUCGUGAACAAGGUGCAGCCGAACGGCACGCCCGAUAAGCCCACAGAAGUGCCCGCGGAGGCCAAAUUCCAGUACCAGCGCGCAUACUACCUUUCGAAGGAGCUCAGCGACCAGCUCCUCACCUACUCGACGGAGCAGAUUAACCAGAUCAAAGCGCAGAGCGCGAUCCUCCAGCGUGCGUCCGCGACGGCGCAGUCCCUGAGCGACCUCGCGUCUUCGAGCUAUGGCGCGGCGCAAGCUCGGGUACAUUCAUUGAGCGACACCAUGCUCUCGGAACUUCAGAAGGUUCAAGCCUCGACCGCGGCGCUUCCGGGCACGCUGCAGUCGGCGUUCCAGGACGUCUCGGCGAACUUGUCGUCGACGAUCAACGACCUCUCGGGCAUCCUGACGUCCCCCGACCCGCUCCCUGAGAAGGCGAACAAGGUGCGGGACACGGUGACGGAGCGCGUCCAGCCCAUUCUGGACACUGCGAACGCGCGGGUGCAGGAGAUCCUCGGGGCGCUCAAGGCUCGCGUGUCGGAGAACAGGCAGGCGGCGCAAGCUACUGCCAACGAAGCUACUGCCAGUGUAAACGGCAACGGUCACGCAUGAGUUUAUCAAGCGCACCCGCUCGCUCCCGUGGCCGAUCCGCGUUCUGAGUUUUGCACCGAUCCCGCACAUGCGCCCACCCUCUUCCCACCGAUUCUUCCGAUAGACGUCGUAGGGUUCCCACUACGAUUCUGCGUCUUCACGUCGCGUUCUCCCACUUCCCAAAACAUAGACACUCGUUCGUUAUGUUAUGUCAUGUUACCCUAGAGCACUUGUAUAGUAGCUGUCGUGUCUGUAUCUUGUCCUGUUGCGGUCCUGAACUGCUGGAUGCCAAC